AUGCGCGUCGCCGCGACGGCCUGUCCGUCGCCGACGUGCUCGGGAACCUGCACCCCCUGGUGCAGCAGCACCGCCGCGCGGCUGCUCUGCGUCGUCGUCGUCACCUGCUGGUUCCUCUUCGAGCAACCGGUCUCAGCUUUUCCGGAUCCCUCGGAGCUGACGACUGUUGAAGAUCUAUCCGGGAGGGGCGAUCAGAAGUUCGGCGAUCCCUGCGAGACGGACAAUGAUUGCGGCUUCGGGGGCUCCUAUUGCGAGCCGAAAAAGAACAAGUGCAACUGCAAGGAGGAAUACGAGGCUACGAACCAUCUCGACAAAUGCGGACACGCGGCGAACGUGAACGAGUCCUGCUUCUUUCACGAGCAGUGCGAGGCGCGGGUGAUACAAACGGAAUGUCGCGACGGCCGAUGCAUCUGUCUGUUCGAGAAAAUACCGGUGACGCAGCCGGACGGCGUAAUAAUCUGCGUCGCCGAGGUGAAAGAGGAACCCAGCCUCCAGUACAUCGAUCCGGCGAUGAUCGGCGUUCUCGUUGGCAUGGCGCUGAUGUUCAUCAUCAUCUGCGUCGUUCUCAGGCUCUUCAGCAAGGCACGCUGGCGGGAGAAUCGCACCAUCUUUAACACGCCCAACGCCAGGCUGAUGAACGUCUCACUUUUGAGGGAGAACAAGCUGCUGCACGCGCAGGAGAGACGCGGCUCGAGGGCGAGCGUACGCGUGCCGUCGAGGCAGCCCUCGAUGGCGUCCUUGAGGGCCCACUCGCCGAACGCCUCGCAAGGUCUUCAUGCUUAAAGUUAUUCUGGCUUUUCGUGUCGUGCUGCCGCGCUGUCGUGCUAAAGCACGCGAUACUUUAGCAAGAAAAUCUCUGUCGCCAGGGUCACGCACAGGAUCGCGACGCGGGAGUCGCGCCAGCAGCGGGAACACAUCGGCCGCCUCGGUGAAAUCGCCGAAUCAUACGAACAACGUCGCCGACCCGGUCCUGGAGAAAGUCACCGUCGAGAUUCUCGACGCAAAGGCGUAGAGACAGACGCAUAAUUUUCGUACUGUACGGUCUUGUCUUUUGACCCCCGCGCGCGACCUUACGAUCCGGAACACAUAUUCCUGUUUGUCAUACUAGUAGUGUCUCGCGCCAAAAAGCCAAUAUAUCCACCAUCGGUGGCGUUUUACGCGCAGAUCGCCGUCCGAUACAGGAAAAAAAAUAAAUAAAUAAAUUCUCGUCAAAUUGGCUCGUAGAAAUUUGUUUUCGUGUGAGAAAAAUAAAAAAACAAACAAACAAACAAACAAUUAACACGUUCGCGACAACACCGGCUACAGGACUAAAUCGCGAAGCGCGUUACAUUCGAGUGUCGAGAUCUCGACGAGCUCGAGACGUCGAAAAAAUCUCGCCUAAAAAAAUAUCUAUGUAUUGUUGUGCUGCUUUCAGAACAGCAAGAGGAUCGUCCGUCGUAGAGGAUCGAAUAGCGAUCUCUUUCCAGCACGUUUCCCUCCAGUUUUUCUUUUUUUUUUCGACAAAAUUUCGAUAAACUUUUCGUAUCUGUUGUAAGCGCAAAUUGAAAAAAAAAACGACGAUCCCUCUCCCGCUCUUGAGUUUUUCUCGAACGAACGUGAAAAUUGAAAACUGUCUUGGCAAGAAAAAACAAAAGAAAAAUAUGUGGCUCGUCGCAAAUGCGGUAGAACGAAAACAAAACAAAACACUAAUUGCAGUACUUUAAUUUAGAUAGUAUUAAUAUGAGUCGUUCAGUAAAAAAAAAAAAAAAGAAACUUAGAUAGAGAGCAAGGAGAAAUUAUGCGAUAUAUUUGAACUUUCGACGAAAGAAGCGCUGUUAGAAAAGAGAGACGUCGUUAAAGGAAAAUAGAACUUUAGAGAGAAAAACGCUUUAGUUAAUUGGCGCGAUAGUUACGCACUUGAAAGAUAAAAGAGAUAGAAAUUACCAUUUUUCCCUUUGCGCGCGAUGACGACGCGACUAAUCUGAUUGCUGCUUGCGCUCUCUACGAGACACGAUUUCCUUUUCUCCUCCGUUUGUUUCGCUUCGUGGUAACCCUCCAGAGCGCGCCGAAAAUCCCGACAAUUGCGGCGACAAACACAAUUGUCGAAGUUCACCUUCUGUAAACGUGAAAAAACACAUUACGGACCAAGCGGUUUUUGGCACCGCAUUCGAUCGUUUUUUUUGUUUAAACGGGAAACGCGUAAACCGAGUACGUGCAAUCGAGUACGUGCCAUCGUACGCCAACACGUAUACUAUGUAUAAAUAUAUCAAAGAAGGGAAAACGCAAAGCGUAGAUCGCACGUAGAUAGGUAAAUUAAAGAUCGGCGAGAAAAAAAAAGAAACGGAGCGAAGACGGUGAUGCAAAAUCGAAGCGACGAUCAAAACCGCCUUUUUCCUGAAAGUUUUCUCAGAGAUGCGCCAUCGAGACGCGAAAGGACGACGAUCGCGGGAUCAAAAAAAAAAAAAAAA